GCUGGGACGUGCGAUGUCGGAAGCCGCCGGCGCUUACCAGACGAGAGGCACAGCGGCCGGUAGCAGGGCUUAGGUUGGGCCGUGAGGUGCUGUGUGGGGCCUGUGGCUGCCCUGUGCGCCGCCCUCCCGCCAAGGGCGCCAGAGCACGACAGCGACCACCCAGGACCAGUUCUGCUGCUACGGAUUCAUAUGCAUUUCAACAGCAACAAAAUACGAAUAAAUCUUGGCUGUGUGCCAGAGUACUCUGUGCAUUUCCAAGAGCAACAAAAAAUGAAUAAAUCUUACGGGUUGGUGUCAUUUGAGGAUGUGGCUGUGGACUUCACCUGGGAAGAGUGGCAGGAACUGGAUGAUGCUCAGAGAACUUUGUACAGGGAUGUGAUGCUAGAGACCUACAGCAACCUGGUAUUGUUGGGAUGCUACAUUACCAAACCCAAUGUGAUCUUCAAAUCAGAGCAAGAAGCAGAGGCAUGGAUGGUAGAAAAUGCCCCAAACCAGAGCCUACAAGAUCUCCAUAUAGUCAAUAAUCAAAUUGAGAAAAGUCAAGAAAAUCACAGUAAAUACUUGUGGCAAGUUUUAAUCACCGACAGCAAAACAUCAACUGAGGAGAGAGUUAAGUUGGAAAAAACAUUUAAUUUGAGCUCAAACUGUACUUCAAAUCUGAUUAUAAACAGUGAAAACUCUUCAGAAAUUAACAUUGAGAAGUUUAAUGUAUGUAAGUAUGCACUUCCUCCUAGAAAUCCUGAUAAGACGCAUGCUGGAGAGACACCUGAUGACCAAAAUAAAACUGGGAAAUCCCACACACACUGUGAGCAUCUUAGUCAGAAUAACAAGAUUCAAGUUGGGCAGUACCCUUUUGAAUAUAGUAAACCAGGGAAAGCCUUCAACACAGAGCCAAUAUUAUUGGCACAUAAGAAGCUUCAUUUGGGAGAAACUACCUGUAAAUACAAUGAAUGUGGGAAAGCCUUUUAUAACUCAGCUCUCCUUGACCAAGAGAUAACUCAGGUAUUGAGGAAAACAUUUCAAUGUGAUGUAUGUGGGAAAGUAUUCUAUAAAAAGUCUGAACGCACUAAACAUCAGCAAAUACACACAGCAGAAAAAUCCUACAAAUGUAAAGAAUAUGAUAAAUCCUUCAUGAAGAAGUUAUCUCUUACAGUCCACAAAUGGACACAUACAGGGGAGAAGCUUUAUACAUGUAAUGACUGUGGAAAAACUUUUCACCAGAACUCACUCUUCAGAAGUCGUCAGAGAACUUACACAGGUGCCAAACCAUAUGAAUGUAAUGAAUGUAGGAAAUCUUUUUCCCACAACUCAGCCCACCAUACACAUAAGAGAAUUUAUGCAGGGGAGAGGUCCUAUGAAUGUAAUGAGUGUGGAAAAACCUUUUACCGGAAGUCAGACCUCAGCAAGCAUCAGAGAAUUCACACAGGGGAAAGGCCCUAUAAAUGUAGUGAGUGUGGAAAAACCUUUUACUAUAAGUCACACCUCAGCAGGCAUCAGAGAAUUCACACAGGUGAAAGGCCCUAUAAAUGCAAUGAGUGUGGAAAAACCUUUUACCAGAAGUCAAACCUUAGCAUGCAUCAGGUAAUUCACACAAAGGAGAAGCCUUAUGAAUGUAAUGAGUGUGGAAAAACCUUUCCCCUGAAGUCAGUCCUUAGUAUACAUCAGAGAAUCCAUACAGGGGAGAAGCCCUAUGAAUGUAAUGAGUGUGGAAAAGCCUUUCACCGGAAGUCAAUCCUCAGUACACAUCGGAGAAUCCACACAGGUGAGAAACCAUAUGAAUGUAAGGUAUGUAGUAAAUCUUUCUUCUACAAAUCACAUCUCAAUAGACAUAAGAGAAUUCACACUGAAGAAAGUCGCUAUGAAUGUAAUGAGUGUGGAACAACCUUUCCUUGUAAGUCAAACCUCUGUGCACAUCAGAGAACUCACACAGGUGAGAAACUGUAUGAAUGUAAGGAAUGUAGAAAAUCUUACUUCUAUAAAUCACAUCUCAAUAGACAUAAGAGAAUUCACUCAGGUGAAAGCCCCUAUAAAUGCAAUGAGUGCGGAAAAACCUUUCACCAGAAGUCAAUCCUCAGUAUGCAUCAGGUAAUUCACACAAAUGAGAAGCCCUAUGAGUGUAAUCAGUGCGGAAAAGCCUUUUCCCUGAAGUCAGUCCUUAGUAUACAUCAGAGAAUUCAUACAAGGGGGAAGCUCUAUGAAUGUAAUGAGUGUGGAAAAGCCUUUCACCGGAAGUCAGACCUCAGCAAGCAUCAGAGAAUUCACACAGGGGAAAGGCCCUAUAAAUGUAGUGAGUGUGGAAAAACCUUUUACUAUAAGUCACACCUCAGCAGGCAUCAAAGAAUUCACACAGGUGAAAGGCCCUAUAAAUGCAAUGAGUGUGGAAAAACCUUUUACCAGAAGUCAAACCUUAGCAUGCAUCAGGUAAUUCACACAAAGGAGAAGCCUUAUGAAUGUAAUGAGUGUGGAAAAACCUUUCUCCUGAAGUCAAUCCUUAGUAUACAUCAGAGAAUUCAUACAGGGGAGAAGCCCUAUGAAUGUAAUGAGUGUGGAAAAGCCUUUCACCGGAAGUCAGUCCUCAGUACACAUCAGAGAAUCCACACAGGUGAGAAACCAUAUGACUGUAAGGAACGUGGUAAAUCUUUUUUCUACAAAUCACACCUCAAUAGACCUAAGAGAAUUCACACUGAAGAAAGUCGCUAUGAAUGUAAUGAGUGUGGAAAAACCUUUUACCGGAAGUCAGACCUCAGCAAGCAUCAGAGAAUUCACACAGGGGAAAGGCCCUAUAAAUGUAGUGAGUGUGGAAAAACCUUUUACUAUAAGUCACACCUCAGCAGGCAUCAGAGAAUUCACACAGGUGAAAGGCCCUAUAAAUGCAAUGAGUGUGGAAAAACCUUUUACCAGAAGUCAAACCUUAGCAUGCAUCAGGUAAUUCACACAAAGGAGAAGCCUUAUGAAUGUAAUGAGUGUGGAAAAACCUUUCCCCUGAAGUCAAUCCUUAGUAUACAUCAGAGAAUUCAUACAGGGGAGAAGCCCUAUGAAUGUAAUGAAUGCGGAAAAACCUUUCACCAUAAGUCAAUCCUCAGUACGCAUCAGAGAAUCCAUACAGGGGAGAAGCCCUAUGAAUGUAAUGAGUGUGGAAAAGCCUUUCACCGGAAGUCAAUCCUCAGUACACAUCGGAGAAUCCACACAGGUGAGAAACCAUAUGAAUGUAAGGUAUGUAGUAAAUCUUUCUUCUACAAAUCACACCUCAAUAGACAUAAGAGAAUUCACACUGAAGAAAGUCGCUAUGAAUGUAAUGAGUGUGGAAAAACCUUUCCCUGUAAGUCAAACCUCUGUGCACAUCAGAGAACUCACACAGGUGAGAAACUGUAUGAAUGUAAGGAAUGUAGAAAAUCUUACUUCUAUAAAUCACAUCUCAAUAGACAUAAGAGAAUUCACUCAGGUGAAAGCCCCUAUAAAUGCAAUGAGUGCGGAAAAACCUUUCACCAGAAGUCAAUCCUCAGUAUGCAUCAGGUAAUUCACAUAAAUGAGAAGCCUUAUGAAUGUAGUGAGUGUGGAAAAACCUUUCCCCUGAAGUCAGUCCUCAGUAUACAUCAGAGAAUUCAUACAAGGGGGAAGCUCUAUGAAUGUAAUGAGUGUGGAAAAGCCUUUCACCGGAAGUCAGACCUCAGCAAGCAUCAGAGAAUUCACACAGGGGAAAGGCCCUAUAAAUGUAGUGAGUGUGGAAAAACCUUUUACUAUAAGUCACACCUCAGCAGGCAUCAAAGAAUUCACACAGGUGAAAGGCCCUAUAAAUGCAAUGAGUGUGGAAAAACCUUUUACCAGAAGUCAAACCUUAGCAUGCAUCAGGUAAUUCACACAAAGGAGAAGCCUUAUGAAUGUAAUGAGUGUGGAAAAACCUUUCCCCUGAAGUCAGUCCUUAGUAUACAUCAGAGAAUCCAUACAGGGGAGAAGCCCUAUGAAUGUAAUGAAUGCGGAAAAACCUUUCACCAUAAGUCAAUCCUCAGUACACAUCAGAGAAUCCAUACAGGGGAGAAGCCCUAUGAAUGUAAUGAGUGUGGAAAAGCCUUUCACCGGAAGUCAAUCCUCAGUACACAUCGGAGAAUCCACACAGGUGAGAAACCAUAUGAAUGUAAGGAAUGUAGUAAAUCUUUUUUCUACAAAUCACAUCUCAAUAGACAUAAGAGAAUUCACGCUGAAGAAAGUCGCUAUGAAUGUAAUGAGUGUGGAAAAACCUUUCCCUGUAAGUCAAAUCUCAGUGUACAUCAGAGAACUCACACAGGUGAGAAACCAUAUGAAUGUAAGGAAUGUAGAAAAUUUUUCUACUAUAAAUCACAUCUCAAUAGACAUAAGAAAAUUCACAGAUAAGAAAUGAAUGUGAGUGUGGAAAUACCUUUCACUGUAAGUCAAACCUCAGUACACAUCAGAGAAUUCACAUAGGUGAGAAGUCAUAUGAAUGUAACACAUGUAGAAAAUCUUAUACCGCAAGUCACAUGUCAGUAGACAUGAGAAAAUUCACAUAGGAAAAGACCAAUGGAUUUAAUGUAUGUGAAAAUACUUUUCCCUACAAAUCACACCUGAGUAAGCAUCAGAGAAGACAAACAAAAGUGAUGGCCUAUAAAUGUACAGCUGCUUUUUGGUUACCACAGGGGAUGGGUUCCAGGACUUCUCCGUCAUGCCAAAGGCUGUGAAUGCUUAAGUCUUAUAUAAUGUGGCACAGUAUUUUUGUAACAUUG